UUAUACAAAAUAAUUAAAAAACAAUUUUAAAAAUAUCAAAAAAUUCUGACAUAAUUUUUUUGUUGUACAUCUUGACAUUCUAUGUUAGUGCACAAGUUUUCAUGGAGAAACAACAUUUUAUGUGGCGUGUACAAAAAAGAUAAAAAAAUGUCCUGUACGUAGUCGUGUUAUAACAUCAAAAUUUGUCUUUUUUACUGGAGCCACAAAUUUUUAUAAUUUUUUUUUAAAACUUGUGUACGAACAUAAAAUGUGUAGAUGUACAUGAAAUUUUUUAUUUUAGAAUUUUUUGACACUUCGAAAUGUAGAUUCACACAAUGGGAGCAAAUGCUCCUAUGAGCCAAAGUGAAUAUCCCGUAUCUAUUACAUUAAGUCUUGCUUGGAUUGUAGUUUUAGCCCAAAGCCCCUGUAUUACACGGAGUGGAGAAAAAUUCCGCCAAGGAUACGAACACACACUUGGUUCGCAGUUUUUCUUUCCUGAGGUUCCUGUUUUCGCUCUGCAACUCCUGGGAAAUUUAAGGUCCGGAUAAAUUUUCGCCGGUUUCGUUGUGCACUACGAAAACGCCCAUGUAUAACCGGGUCUGAAAUGAUCCAGAUUUUUCAAGCAGGGUCUUAGGAUAUAGAUACAUCUGAAUUAAGAUAAAAUCUAGGAUCAUCUUGUUCGGAAUGGAGUAUACUAGGUAUAGUAAUGAAAUUGUCGAGCCGUGUACGUGUUAAAACCGGCGGUUAGUUCCCUUAAUAACCUGCGUUUUUCGUUGGCAAUACGAGUCCCAGUCGUGUUCGUAUAGCACCCGUAUAUAGAGAGAGAGAUUCACGUACACGGUACACCCAGUUUGACGGCUGUGCCGGUUUUCCGGUCAUCCGGCUGUCCAUGGACCGAACGCGGUGGCCGGACCUCGCGCCCGACGCUCUCCGCCACAUCGCGGCCCGGCUGCACGACGCCGGCGACCUCGUCCGCUUCCAUGCUGUCUGCCGGCCAUGGCGCGACUCACGCGACGCGACGACGGCCAGCACCCUGACCCUCCGUCCAUGGCUCCUCGCCGCCCAAGACAAAGACUCCACUCCCCUCAGGUUCAGGUGCAUCUUCUCCAAGUCCAGCUACCACGCGCCGUCGCCGUCCAUGAACCCGAGGAACUGGGUGUGUAGAGCCGAUGGUACCGCCGUCCGGUACCUAACGGUCCAAAACCUCCGCCCAAGCCUCCACGAUCCUCUCACCGGAGAAGAAGUCACCCACCUGCCUCCGUUCCUCGACGGCCAGUGGGAUGAAGAGGAGGAGAAUCCCCAUGGCAUCCUCUACGGCGACGGCGCCCUCCUCCUAUACACCAAACACGACAGCAGGAACGCUGUCACUUGCAGGUUCAGGGCGAUGCUCCUCCGCCCAGGUGACGCCGAGUGGACGGUCGUCGAGAGGACCCUCGAGCUCCCCUGGUACGGCUCGUUCUGCGCCGCUUACCACGACGGCAAGAUCCUGGUGACCAUGGGGGCUAGCCUCUGGCGCGUCAUCGCGCCCAACGUCGACGACGUAGCUGAAGACGUGCUGAUCCAGAAGAAGUGGCCGAUAUGGACUAGUGAGGAGGGCGGCGGCGAGCACCUGGAGCACUACAAUUACGUCCUCGAGUCCCGCGGCGAGCUUCUGUGGGCGUCGGUUUGGGUCCACAUGUACUACCACUACAGGUAUGGAAGCCGUCGGAAACUCCAGGUGCUGGUGUACGCAUUAGAGGAGAAGACGCGAUGGGUGAGAAGGGAAGGCUUCAGCCUGAAUGAUCGUGUGUUGUUCCUGGGGUCGCCCAACAGCUUUGCCAUGGACGCCUCCGUGUUUGGCGCCGAUGCUGGCUGUAUCUACUUUACCUACGGCAACACGAAGAACUUGCCUUACUUACAGCACGGCGUGUUCAGGUACAACCUCAUUGAUGACAGUGCCAAGUUCAGGUACUACAUUGAUGAUGACAAGGCCGAGCUUGUCGAGCGUCUACCUCAAGGAUGGGGUGACGUCAAGUGCACAUGGCUCGUCCCCCAACCCAACAUUGCUUCAUUUCAGGAAAUCAGCAGAAAGAGGUCGCUAGAGACUAAGCAUCACCAGACCGCUCUAGUUACUGGUCCAAUGCACAUCAAUCACAUCUCGAGACAUUACGAGCCCUGUUUAAGGUUGAUGGUACGAAAUCUGCCUGUCACGGUGAAUAGCUUCCAGCUACAACUUUUCUUCAGCAAGCACGGCAAAGUGUCCGAUGCCAAGAUACUAUACUACAAAAAGACCAAGCGCUCGCAGGGUAUUGGCCUCUUAAACUUGUCAACCGUGCAUGCACAUCAGAAGGAUGCCUUAGAUGCUCUCACUGGACUGAUUCUUGAAGGAUGCAAGCUCGAGGUUAUCCUGAUCAAGGUGGGGCGGCCACGGCAUGGGCGGCGGCGACGGUGUUGUACCUGAUCGCUCGAUAUUUAGGGAAUAAAACAUUUCCCUAACUCAAAGAUGCAUAUGAUCCUUCUGCAUCUAUAUAUCUUGAUAUUCAUUGUGCGGAAGGAUCAAUGAUUGAACAAUAAACAGGAAAAAGCAAUACCUGUGAAUCUUGUUUGUACUACUAUACGGGCUCA